AUGAACUCCGAAGAAGUUUUUGAGUCAGUUAAAGAUCUUCCAUUUGCUGAUGGGAAUUUUAAAGACACACCAAAAGUUAAAGAAUCAACAAUAAAUUUCAAGUUGGCCAAAGAUGCUACCAAAACAGUGACUUUGUUCAAUAUCCACGACUACAAAACUGUUCCAGUCAAUUUGGUGAAAGCACUUGAAAACGAGUUUAAUUAUGUGGUCAAAGAAGGUAGAACAUAUCCUUAUCAUAGUACAAUGGAAGGGGAAACCUUUGUCAAGUAUUGGUUUACUCAUUUUGUAUCGGUGUUACUAGAAGGAGAAUAUAAGACAUUCGAUGAAUUGGGUGACUUAUCGGUAGAGCAAUGGAAUCAAAUCUUUUUGGGGACUUUUUAUGUGAAACCAAAUUAUACUGGCCGAUGUUCCCAUGUUUGUAAUGCUGGAUUUAUAGUAAACCACGAGAAACGAGGGUUGGGAUUAGGUAAGGAAUUGGGGAAAAAGUAUCUUCAAGUUGCACCGGAAUUGGGAUAUGUUUAUUCGGUGUUUAAUUUAGUGUUUGAAACAAAUAUUGCCAGUUUGAAGAUUUGGGAUUCACUUGGGUUUGAUAGAAUUGGUUAUGUUAAAAAUGUGGCGGUAUUAGAAGGUGAGAAUAAACUCGUUGGUGCAUACAUGUAUGGGAAAGAUUUACAGUAA